CCGCCACGUCAGCGGCAAUCGCGGCCGUUGCGCGAGCGAAUGUAAGGCCGGGAUGGCGUUAGGGCUCGCAGGCUGUGCUUGAGCGGCGGCUAUGAUCCUUUGAGAGCGGUUCGUGGCAGCGUCGCAAUCCUUUCCGCGCUUUCAAGCGAAGCGAGCGAACUCGUGUGGGGUGGGCGCUUGGCUCCAUUGGAUGAUCACAUCAUUUAUGCAGAGUGAUUCGGCGAAGCAAGCGGGCUCAUCCUGGAGCCAAAGCUUGCGGCUUGACAGCACCUUGGCCAAGAAGUUUUACCGCGUUGGCAUCCAAUUCUAUCGAACUGGGCUCCCAGGCUCCGACUCGUGCGUUCUCGGCAUUGAUCCUUUCGUAGCGAGGAUUUAGAUGAGAGUCUUCUGUGCCGGAAGAGCUCUCCACGUACUUCUGGCGGCACUUAUGGGCUGAAAGAACAUUUUGACAACGAUCCUGCUGGUUUCCACAGCGAGCAAGAUCAUCCUCUCCUCUCCAAGAUUGCUACUUCUACGAAGAUUUCUUUUCGUUGCUGCUGCUUCUUCGCGAAUGGCUCCUCACGCGAUGGAAGUGGUGGCUUCCAGCAGCUCCUCACUCGGUUCUAAAGGACGAACUUCUCCAAAGUCCAAGGCUAUGGUGGUGGUGCCCGGGAGAAAGGUGCCGGUGGUGGCGGAGAAGGAUAAGAACGCUCCGAGUCGAGCUUAUGCGGAUGAGAAUCUCUCCGCCAAGAGGCCUCCGGGGAAGACUCCAUUGGCUGCGCUGCUGAGCAAGAGCCAGGGAAAAGGUGAUGCAAAUCUUAUGCUAGUCACUGUGACUGUCCUGGGAAGCCCCGGUCCUCUACGUUUUCUCGUGGACAAAGCUGACACCGUCGGACGUGUUGUGGACACGGCUCUUCGUGUGUAUGCUCGCGAGGGGAGGCUUCCUCUACUUAGCAAGCAGCUUGUGGAGCUCUACUGCGACAAUGGCGACUUCAAAGCUCUCGACUCUAAUGAAUGCAUCGGGGUACUUGGAACUCGGCAGUUCCUCCUCUAUCGAAAGAAGGCCGAUGAGAUCUCCGAGCGACAGACCAGUGUCACGCAGCCGAUCUCACAUCCGCUCAAGCACUGGUGGAGUUUCAUGAGCUCGCUUGUCUGCUCGCACUAGGAGGAAAGUUUCCAAGUUACGAAGGGAAGUGCUCUCCACUUUCCAUUGUUUUCGUGUGUGUUUGUUUACUUAUUCCAUCUAUAGAAGAAGCGCUUGUUCUUUUCA